CGGGAGCUGCCCGGCAGUCACUGUGCAGGGAAGAGGGCUGCAUUAUUGCUCUGGGGUCCCAGAGCUCUAGUGUCGGGGCGCUUGGGUCUGGAGGGAAGCAGGUGUAGUGAGAGGGAUGGCGGGCAGCCUCCCGAGUGUUCAGACCUUUCCUUUUUCUUGCAGGAACACCUCUCUCAGCUCAGUCCAGAAUGGCUCUUCCCCCGAGUCCCCUGGCUAUGGAAUAUGUUAAUGACUUUGAUUUGAUGAAGUUUGAAAUAAAACGGGAACCCUCCGAGGGCCGACCUGGACUCCCCACAGCCUCACUGGGCUCCACUCCUUACAGCUCAGUGCCCCCCUCACCCACCUUCAGUGAGCCAGGCAUGGUGGGCAGCAGCGAGGGCCCCAGGCCAGGCCUGGAGGAGCUGUAUUGGUUGGCCACCCUGCAGCAGCAGCUAGGGGCUGAUGAGGUGCUGGGACUAAGUCCUGACGAGGCUGUGGAGCUGCUGCAGAAUCAGGGCCCAGUCCCUGUAGAAGGGCCCCGUGGCUACUAUUCAGGGAGCCCAGGAGAGACAGGAGCCCAGCACGCCCAGCUGCCGGAGAGAUUUUCGGACGCGGCGCUGGUCUCGAUGUCUGUGCGCGAGCUGAACCGGCAACUGCGGGGCUGCGGGCGCGACGAGGCUCUGCGGCUGAAGCAGAGGCGCCGCACGCUCAAGAACCGCGGCUACGCGCAGGCCUGCCGCUCCAAGCGGCUGCAGCAGCGGCGCGGGCUGGAGGCCGAGCGCGCCCGCUUGGCCGCCCAGCUGGACGCACUGCGGGCCGAGGUGGCCCGCCUGGCUCGCGAGCGCGACCUCUACAAGGCCCGCUGCGACCGGCUGACCUCCAGCGGCCCCGGGUCCGACGACCACGCGCACCUCUUCCUCUGAGCCUCUAGGGCAGGAGGUGGGGCGGUUUGGAGGUGUCGGGGUAGACAGGAGAGUAUGCCACUCACCAAAUCGCUACCUGUGGUCCUGAGUGUGUCUAUACAAAUAUCCCCAAACUUCUGACCCUCGUGGCAUGCCUGAGGUUAGAUGCUCGUCCUUUGCUGGAGAUGAGUCCCCUUCCCUUUUGCAGGCCAUGACUCCUCGUGAUUAGGGCACUGAAUUCUGCAGGGGCUAGCUAGUGCCUGUACCGAGGGUGGAGGUGUGGAGGAUGGGUGGGUGGCAUGCUCAACAGGAGGAGAGGGAGGGGGGCCAGCGCCGCCCUUCAGUCUAGUUCUUAAUUCAAGGUUUUCAACGUGUAGUGCAUUGAUGCUGUAAUUAACAAUGAAGCUGCAUUUCCACUGAAAUUCGGGACUCCCCAUUUUAGGGCUACUGAAUUUUCAAGAUUUCAGUUCCUCCAAAGAGGGUAGUAGGUUAACUCAAGAUGCUUUUCCCUGCUCAACCCAGUGGCCUUUAGAGUCCAAAGCAGCAGAACAAACACUCUGGAUGGGAGCCUGGAGACCUGGGCACUAGUCUCAAAUGGUGUCACAGGCCAUAUGUCUGUCACCUUAAGCAAAGCAAUUGCCAUUGGAUUCCAAUGACUUCAUCUAACUUUUUAUUUGGAUUGGACGGCUUCUGACAUUGUUUCAGUUUUGGCAUCCACCACAGUGAGCAAGUCUAAAUGGUCUAGACACCCAAGAGGCCCCAAGAUGACUGUACCCAAAGGACAUCCUGUUCUGCCCCAGCCUCCUAGGCGGUAGACACCGCAGCCUGGCUUCUCCGGAGCGCUCACUUGCGCUGGCCCUCUGCGGCUCCCUCUAGGCUGGCUUGGCCUUCGAAGGGCGGAGGGUGCCCCUGCUGCUACCUCUUGCCACUCAGAGCUGAAGUGAGACCUCACAGGGUAACCAGAAGCUGAGAGAGUGUGAAUUAAACCUGACGUCCAGGAAAAAUUCAGGUUAUUGGUUAAACAUUCUUGCAAUUUAAAAUAGAGUUAAU